AUGAACUCUCUUUAUAACAAACAAAAAUCUCUAGAACAAGCAGUUCAGGAUCCGACUAAUAGAUGUUAUACAGAUGACUCUUAUGCGAAAGAAGCAAAAAGAUUCGUUGUCAACAACAAAAAUAUUUUAACUGUCUCUGCAUUAACUAUUGGUGGAGUUGUACUUGUACCGAUAGUGUUUGUUGGUUUGGUACAGGCGAUCGGAUUCGGUUCGGGUGGUAUCGUAGCCGGAUCAUUUGCUGCAUGGAUGAUGUCAUUGCAAGGUGGUGCCACUGCUGCAGGUGCAACUAUCGCAACAGGCGCUGGGGGUGGCUCACUUAUAGGUUUUUUGUCAACAUUGAUAAUGAAAACAUUGGAGUCAGAUCCCGAGGGACGUGCUGAAUUAAAUUCUUUCGUUAGGAUUGGCGGUGAUGAUGACAAAGGUAAUAAUGAUGACAAAGGCAGUAAUGAUGACAAAGAUAAUAAUGAUAAAAAAGGUAGUGAUAACAACAAAACUCCUUACUAA